GCGUUCACCGCGCGAGGCUCCCGUCUUAGUGAAGGGCAAAGCACACUGCGUGCCACACAGCGCGUGUGACCAAGCAGAGACGGUACCCUGUGUCUUGAGGAGCCUCACAAACAGUGUAUCGAUCUCGAGGCUUUAAAGAAAUUAGGCGAUCAACAGUUGUGCAAAAGUCCUUGGAUUACGUAACAAUUCAUUUCUGGUCAAAAGCGUAGGUACGCAAAGGACAAUUGUCACACCAGCAUAGAGCAAGCUUACGACGUCGUACAAGUGUUACCGUUAUGCCUAUGGCCGGGGAUGAACCCAAUCGCAGACGGAAAUGAACUCAGUCACAUGGAAAGCUAAACCACGACCAAGAUUUGUAAGGGCAAACUGAAAUGUCAACCAACUCAGUGUCAGUAUCAAGCUUGAAGUGAGGGUCGGCGGGCGUCAGUAAGGAGGCGACAUUCUAUGUACAGGCCAAAAUGGGAACACAUAUUACCAGGUAGAAAUAUGCACUGUGAUAUAUCAUCUAUUUAUCUACUCUACUCUCGUAGUUGGUAUAAUACCCAUGUCGACGUAAUAUAAUUGAUGUUCAUAUCCAUAUGAACUUUAAACUAUUUAACAAUUGCAGGCGGAAUUACAUGUGUCCAUAUACUCUUGAACUGUAAAAACUCUUCCUAGCUACUUCUAGCCUGUCUCUUGGCACUUGUACCGGAAGCGAGAUCAUCAUCAUUUGGAUUUUGUGAUGCAGUGUUGUGGGUUACCAAAAAGAGGAAAAGGGAACACUUCUGAUCGAUAUGUAAUUAUAUUCUAGUGUAAUAUAUAUCCCAGCAAUUGAAAUGGAUAUCAAGAUUGAUCUAGAUCGAAAGGUGAAAGAGUCAGUUUAGUCAUCACUAGUGUGCGUUCUCUCCUCGUGGUAAGAUCUCGGUAGAUCUCGCGGAUUUGAAUCUACUUGUAUAGUGGACAUGUCAUUUUAAUUUCGUUCAAGCAUUUUACCUCCUCAACAUAGACUGUGAAACAACAUGGAUUUCGCGGGUUCCGGAAGUGUACUUUGUUUCCUUUUUUGGAAUAUGAUUUGGAUGUUAGGGUCAUCUCCAAUUUCAUACGUCAACUCUCAAAGACCAACUCUUGGACUGCGGAUAUUGGCGCCAGAUUUACGCCGAAUGCGAGGCUCAGUGACGAAAGCCAUCCAGAUGGUUAGAACGAACUCCUUACGUCGACGACAAAUCAGAUCGCUGAGACUGGAUAUUCGGAAAUCCGACGUUGUUGAUAACCCAUCGGAAAUAUUUGAAAUGUUUUGUAGCGACAUUUUACCAAAUCGCAUUAAUACAGUGCUGUUUUUGCCUUUAAGGGAUGAAUCUAAAUUUAUCAGACUCACAAAUUACUUGAGCAAUAUAAUACAUGAUUUAGGAAUGCCCCUGAUGUCGUACAAUCCUUACCUGACCGGAUCAUUACAGAACCAGAAAAAGUCCCGCACUGUUCAGCUGUCUCCCACAAUUUACCACGAGGCCCAGGUCAUGUUACAGCUACUGUACCGCUACAACUGGACACAUAUCACAAUCGUGACGUCAUCCGGUGUCAACAGCUUCGACUUUAUCAACGCUAUAACGUCACUGGUCAAAGAGAAUAAUGAUUUCCAAGGAUACCCAAGGAAACCCAGGCUUACAGUGGUGACAACGAUGAUAUAUACCGGAAGUUAUGACAUUUACCACGUGGAUGAGGAGACUAAGGAAUUUCUAACGAAAAACAAUCAUAAGGACUCGAGAAUUUACCUUCUACACACGAGUCGGGGACACACCCGUAGUGUUAUGGAUGCGGCCGAGGACUUGGGUAUUGCGGGACCAGACUACAUGUGGCUACUGACAUCGUCGUCUAUAGGUGCCGUCUCCCGUACGACAAACCUACCCAUCGGCAUAUUCGCUAUAACAUUUAGAGGUGAGCACGGCUCAGAUGUGGAGUUGGAUCAGGUAGCCAAUGUAACGAAGACUGCCAUUGAGGCUUGGAUUGACGCCAUGCAGAAAAUGAGCAGCAAGGGUUACAGCAUGGAUGACCAACAUCCGGGCGUCUCCUGUAACAACACGCAGACUUCCAACUCGUGGGCUGUAGGGGAGGAAUUGUACAAUCAAAUACUGGGCGGGAGUGUGGCUGGAGCGGACUCGGACUACCCUGUAGAGUUUAAUGACAUCGGCCUCAACAAAUAUGUCCACCUACAUAUUCUCAACGUACAGGAAGUCGUGUACAGUGGGCGCAUCAGAGGUCAGCUGGUUGAGGUCGGCAGCUGGACCCCAGUUGUGACCAGAGUCCGAUAUUCAAAGAAGAUUGAAAUGAAGCUAGAGAUGCAAGGGAUCACGUGGCCAGGGAAAAUGCCAUCCCCGCCCAAAGGUCGACCGGACAGGCGAUUCUUUAGGAUCGCGACACUAGAGGAGCUACCCUAUGUUAUGUACAAGGACUUAGACAACUCCACGGGCGAGUGUGGUCCUCCCUCCAUUCCAUGUCGCCUCGUCUACAACGAAACAAUACAUGGUAAGAACGACAGCUCCCUGUUUAACGGAACCGUUGUCCGUUGUUGUGCCGGACUUAGUAUUGACCUUCUGAACAUUCUGAGCGAAAAGAUGGCGUUUGACUUUGAUCUAUUUGAGGUGGCGGACCGAAGCUUUGGCGUGGAGAAUGAAAUAACCGGGGAAUGGAACGGUCUGAUCCGAGCACUCCAGGACCGACAGGCAGACAUGGUGCUCACCGCCCUCCAGAUCACACCUAAACGUAACCAGUUAAUCGAGUUUUCCAUGCCCUACCUGGAAACUGGUACAACCAUCGUCGUGUCCCUUCGGAAGGGAGCUAUAUCUCCUACAGCCGUCCUAGAGCCGUAUGACUACCCGUCCUGGUGCCUCAUCUUGGUGUUUAGUGUCCACUCCAUAGGGGCGUCCAUCUUUAUAUUUGAGUGGUUAAGCCCCUGGGGGCUGGACCAAGGCAACACACCCAUGCGAGAGCAUGCGUUCUCCCUGUUCCGGUCCUUCUGGUUGAUAUGGGCCAUGCUAUUUGGAGCCUCGGUCUCGGCUGACAAUCCACGAGGGGGCGCUAGCCGUUUCCUGGCCAACGUGUGGGCUUUGUUUGCUCUCGUUUUCCUGGCAAGUUACACUGCUAACUUGGCCGCGUUUAUGAUUACCAAGGAAGUCUACUAUGACCUUUCAGGCAUCAAAGAUUGGAGGUUAACAAACCCACACAGUCACAAACCACCCUUCAAGUUCGCCACCGUGCCUAAUGGGAGCACAGAGGAAAACCUGAGACAGAACCAUCCAGAAAUGUUCCGCUAUAUGAAAAAGUACAAUCAGCCGUCAGUUCGGGAAGCCGUGAAAGCCUUGAAAAAAGGAGAGAUCCAGGCGUUCAUUUACGAUGCCACGCCACUUGAAUACCAGAUAGGGAUAGACGCUGACUGUCACCUCAUUUCCGUCGGUAAAUGGUAUGCAAUGACAGGCUACGGUGUGGGCUUCCCCAAGGGCUCAGGCGUCCUAGUAGAUGAGGUCAACUCGUACCUGCUGGACUUACAGGAAUUCGGAGAGCUGGAUCGGCUUCGAAAGUUCUGGUUGGCAGGCGCUUGUCACUCCAAACAGAAGAGAAAGCAAAACAGUCACCAGUUAGGCAUUCUCAAUUUUACUAGUGCGUUCAUCCUCCUAGCAUCAGGAAUCGUUCUCGGGGGUAUUCUUCUUAUACUGGAGCACCUCUACUUCCGGUUCGGCAGGAAGUGUCUCAAACAAUACGAUAAAUGCGGAUGUUGUGCACUAGUAAGCUUAAGUAUGGGAAAGUCGUUAACAUUUGAACAGUCUGUCAUGGAGGCCUUAGAUUACACGAAGAAACACAGGUGUAAAGAUCCUAUCUGUGAGACCCAGAUCUGGAAGGUCAAACAUCAGUUAGAUAUAGCCCUCCUAAAGAUCGACAAGCUCAAUAAGGACAUGAAGGCAAAAAAUGGAAAGACACCUUCGCCUUUAGCAAUAACGGCUAGCGGAGAACACACUGAUCCUUUAAAAGUUAAAGAUGACGAAAGCAGUGAUCCUAUCGGAAGAAAAAGACGGGAAGCUGAAGAAGAUGCUUUACGAGAGAAAGAGAAAGAGUUCGCGUUAGAAGAAUCCUAUCCGUCACGGGCUGACGAUAAAGAUGGAGACGAUGACGUGCCUUAUGAGAAUCAAGAGGAAAAUAACGUGUCACCAGACCAGGAAAGUGACAGUAUUCGAUCACCAGAUAGAAGCAUGCGGCGGUCUCCGAGUUAUAAUCAAGCCGUGGCAACAGACGCUGAGGGAGAAACUGUUGUCCGAGACCCAAACCAAGGUCUGAAGCAACGCAAACUGAGCGACGGUAAAUACUACUCCAGUGUUAACAACGAGGAGGUAUGAUGUCGGGUAGUAGCAGUAAAUCAUCAUGAAAACUAUGUUGUAGUGAUAUAACGUUUUGUGAGAGACACGGAUGUUGAAAUUAAAAAUGGCUGGUUUCUUUAUAAAUGUUCAGUGUAUGCAUAUGUGAUGUUUCAGAGAGAAACACUUCAAUACAUGAUGAGCAUACUCAUGAACAUGUGUAAACCCGCAUGCAAUCCAGAAAAUAAUGCAAAUAUGAUAUAUAUAAUAAAAAUGAUUCUGUCCAGAAAAAAUAGCUGACAAUGCGACAUAUGUGUUAUUUCGUAUUUAGGAAAGAAACUGAUCUGAUGGCAUGCCUUGUCUGCCUUUUAAGUAAAUAAUCUACAUCUUACGGCUUUCGUUAUUGACCGUCAUGGAGACAUUUCCACGGAGAAAAUUAUAUAGUAGCUGAUUUUAACAUAAGCCUACUCAUUAUUUAGAGUUUAUUAGGAUAAUUUCUACAUUUUUUGUAAAGAUUCCCAAACCAGUAUUAUGCAAUGACAGAUUUUACAUGUAUGAAUCUUGUUUGUAAGAAUUUUGACAUGCAGGAAACAUGGAUUAAAAUCUUAAUGAGAGAAGAGUUUUAUUUUCCCAAGGGAUUAAUCAAACAUGUGGGGACAAGUGAUGUAUCCCAUUCUCUCAUCCAAUCGAACGCGUCAAUACAAUUACGCCUCUGAUAACGAGUUAUAACGAGUUAUUUGAUUGGUAGACUCGUAGACCUUCUCCUGGGUUACAGUGAUUCGUGUUGUACUAACCUAGUCAUUUUUAUAUCGUACAACUUUUCGUUGUGUUUCAAAUUUACCUGAGGUCAAAAUCAAAAUACCGGUGCUUUAUAUGGAUAUAUAUACCGUUUAUUUGUCAAACUACCAUAUGUUUUUGUUGAACACAAAAGCCAAAGUUUAUAAAAUUGAGAUUGAGACAUAACAUAUGCAGAUGACUAAUGUUUUAAACAGCUUUGCACUAUAACCGUUAUUUUUGUACGACACGAACAUAAAGAUAAUUGGGAGACUGGUUUUAUACUAUUGUUUUAUAUCACAAAAAAAGGGAGGAAAAACGGCAAAGGGUAUAUACCCAACAGCUUUUAAUAUUGUGUGCUAAAAAUGUACUUCCAUGAUAGAAUUAGACAAUCUUUGCUCAGAGACAAGGUCUGUUGAGUACAGGUUUACGUGUGGAGAGGUAGAAAAGAUGUAGAACAGCACGGAAACACACCGUGUUUAUGAAUUCACUGUAAAAUUGAUCUCCGUUGUUGAUCUCUUUGUACUCUUCCGUCUAUCUUGUUGUAAUCAUGAGAUUUUGCUGAUGACAACAAUGAGUUGCAUUUUUUUUGUAUGUGAAUGGAUCUUAUAUACAGUUUGCUGUGACAAGAAGGGCAACUAUUAUAUCGUAUUGAAAUCGUUUGGUACCAUUUUUGCAAUACUCGCUGAUAUUUGAUAAGACCUGUUUGUAUUCAUCUCCGAACUAGACGAUUAUAAUAUCAGGUACUACACCUAUGUGAAAAGGAAAACUUAAACCUUUAAUAAUGAUAGCUAUGCAGUAAACAAAUGAAUAAGAAUAAUAAAACGAUUUCUUUUAAUAUGUCAGUUGUGUUGGGAUUUGUCAUCUGACAUUCCGAUUGUUAUUUAAUUGGCCGGUCAAGAUUAUUAUAAUAUCUUUUUGAUGUUUAAUUUUGAAUCUGUUUGGUGUGCUACAUCGUAGUCAUUGUAUCCUCAAAUGUUGACGUAAGUGACUCUAUAUUGAUCAUUACAUCUACUCAUAAAUCAUACUAAGACCUAUUUAUAACAGCCAGACAAACCGAUGUGUGCUACAACCUGUUGUAAGGGGCGAUUAUGGGGAGGUAUCAUAUAUCAGUCUAAUCUAGAUAAGACUGUCGAAUAGACGUUUUGAAUGUAGAGAAUCAAACAUUUUUGCUAUUAAAGAUUCGACAAUCUGUUAAUAUGAAACCUCUCCAUAGAUCCCGAUAUUGUGCCUUGCUCACACCAUGUUAUAACGUCAGUAUAAUAUGGAUGCUAGUAUGCUGUCAUAAGUGAGUACCUGUAUAUCAAGCUACACAUACACGCGUGCCCGUAUAUAAAAUUACACAUGCACAUGUACCUGUAUAUAAAACUACACAUACACAUGUACCCGUAUAUAAAUAUACACAUACACAUGUACCCGUAUAUAAAACUACACAUACACAUGUAUA